CACAAUGUACGCAGUCGAUGAUGGUCGAUGAGCCUGGAAUCGCGAGGACACACCGAGUUCUUUACCCCACGUAUUCGGAAUUUAGUUAGAGGUUACGUGACACUUGUAGAAGAUACAUUAAAAUUAAUAAGUAGAUUGAAAUAAAGAAAAAAUAGAAGAUAAAUAAAUUCAUCUCCUAGCUGCUGACAGACGUAAAAAAAAAUCCGGUGAAAAAGUUUAAGGAAGACAUUUAACUGCAAGCUGCUUGCUACACUACUAACGUUUGGUACAACAAUAAUAAACAAUAAAAUAAAAUACGUUAACAAGUUACGCGAAUUAAAAAAGUAAAAACAAAAUGUUUUCCGGCCUGACAAAUCAGGUGUCCACUUGGAUGGGAAAGAAGGGUGAGGACGGUACUGAAGUAACUGAAGAAAAGCCUUCAUCACCUACUCUUGAAGGUGAUCAAGAUCUUGAAAAAAAAGAUAGCAGCCCGACAAAAGGUAGUAAAUUGGAGAUGCUCGCCGGAGUGAAAUCACAAAUGACAGGAUGGUUGAGUGGAGGAAUCCCUGGAUUAUCAGGUCGUGGCGCUGCUGAAGCCACUGAAGGUGGUGAAAUUCAACCUGCAUCAGCAGAAGCUACUGAAAAUCAAGCACCGAGGGAGACUACACCAGGCCCAUCGUCUGAACAUGUAAAAGAUGAUGACGCAAGCAGGUGGGUCUCAGGUGCUACUGGAGGUGCUGACAGUGGACCAGCUAGUCUUGAAGGUACACCUACUGAAGACAAGGAUGGUCAACAACCAUUUGGUGCUGUUUCAACGAAAGCCUUGGCCGGAGCUAAGAGUCUUGGUGGGUUUCUCUACAGUGCUGUUAAUAAAGCCGGAAAAACAGUAGUUGAAGCAAGUGCAAAAAUCAAGAAAACUGUUGAGGAAAACGUAAACAACCAGAGGUUAAUCGCAGAAUUGAACAAAGAGCAAGAUGCUUUUAUUGCCGGUAAAAAUAACGAAAAAGGUGAGGCUGUAGCUCCAUGGAUUGGAGCACCAAACGAAGAUGCGUUACGCGAAGAAUGUCUGGCUCUUUCAACUGAUCGUCGUAACUUUGUAAGAGCUCCACCACCAGGUGUUGAAUUUGAUUGGGACUUUGAAGCUGUACAACCUAUGGCUCAAGCAACGCUUGCUCUUGAUCCUAAUUUAGAGAACAUGAGGUUCGAGCUAGUACCCAAAGUAAUAAGCGAAGAAAACUUUUGGCGUAAUUACUUUUACCGAGUCUCACUACUUCGUCAAAGUCACGAAUUAAAUGCGAUGGCAAGUCAAGCGGAAAGUAAUCCUAAUCAAUCCACCGGUAGCAUCGAUCACCCUCAAGUAGAUAGCAAAAAGGAAGCUAUAAAAGAUACACCAACAGGAUCACUAACAACCAAGGUAAAUCCAACAAUAACAACAACACCCAAUACACCAAACGAUGAGUAUAUUUCCGACAAUGUGCAACCAUCUGACAAUGAUGCACAACAAACCAAAGAGAAUAUUAAAAAGUUAGGAGCGAAAGCGUCAAAAGAAGAAGAAUGGGAAGGUGAAUUGGAAGCUGAACUAAAGGAUUUCGAGAUUGUACCUGGUGACAAUAAAAAGACAACGUCGUCAAAAACAGGCAACAGUUUCUCGGUAUCAUCAACAGCAUCUGUUAAGGAGGGAAAAGAAGACUGGGAACAACAAAUGGAUGAGCUACUCGACGAAGACGAGGAUCUUAAAUAAAUCAACAGUUAUAAUUAUUAAUUAUUUAUUUAUCUGUUAAUUCAUUAAAAUUUUUUUGAUAACCACUUAUUUGCGUAAUCAAAGAUAAUAACAAUGAUAAUAUAAAUUUGAAUAAACAUUAUAUAUUGAAAUAUCUCUUAAAAAAAAUAAUAAUUAAAAUAAUAAGCAGUCUGCAAAAUGCUUGUGCGUAAUCAUCGCUCAUAUUAUCAAUCGCACAAAA